AUGGAUAAUUCUACUUUACUGUUUUUUGUAUUUUUGUUUUUAACUUUCUUAUGGGCAAGAAAUCAAAGACAGCUUAAUAAAGGUGUUAACAAUCCUUUAAUAAGAGGUGUUAGAUACCAGGAAAAUACAGAGGUUAUUUCCGAAGAAAAAAAAGAUGGUGUGGUAGAUACUAGCAACGGUGUGAAAAAAGAAGAAUAUAGUAAUGAUCAUAGUUCUAAUGAUAAUAACAGUAGCACUUUAAUACAGGAACAAAUGGAGAGCCCAGUAGUAAAAAGAGUCAAAAGAGAAGUCACUGUAGAUAUGAUUGAGAUUGUUCAAACUUUGGCACCGACUCUUGAUGUUAAACAAAUCGAAUAUUCCUUAAGAAAUACAGGGUCUAUUGAGGCCACUGUUGACGAUUUCUUAACUGGGAAAGAAUUCCCAUUUCCUCCUGAAGAGAAUCAAAUACAUGAAGGAGAUGAUGAUGAUAAAAAGAAUAAUAAAGAAGAAUGA